CGGCGUAUCUAACAUUUGGAAGGAUUCGAGAAAAAUGCGAUGCAAUAUAUUGUAAAGCAUUUUAAAUCCUGUUUAAAAUGUUUUGCAUUUUUUCUAUUGCUGUGUCUUCUAUAAGUUGAAUAAAAGAACACCGUUUCUAACCACUAUUAAACAAUUCCGAUUUGUUUGGAAUUAGAUUGAAAAACUGGUGAAAUUAUCGAAUAAACCCUUUUGCUUUGUGCUGCUCACAUACACCAUGAUGAUUCGUCGAUAUCAUACCUUGCUUGAUACAUACACCUUGCUUGAUGCGUCGGUUUGACAGUUCAUUUAUCACAUGCGUCACGUCAUAUACACCAGUAUUGUUUUGAAGUUGCACAUACACCGGUUUGCAAAUUCCCAUAAAACAUAAUAAAGUUUGUUCUAUUCGUCAGUUUCUACGUUCAACUACAACGAAUAUUGAAUGUUUCCAAUUUCAACUCGACUAACAGGAGCACCGGACGGAGCCGUGAGUAACAAAAUAAUCUAUUCGGGCGUUUCUCUGCACCCUUCUUCACCUUCAUUCCAUCGUUCCUAGGUGCCUGUACGUGUAUGUACCUGCCUCGAGCGAUUGUGCACGCCCAGGGCAUUGGACUAUUCAAUAUGUACAUCGAGUUUCUCAUUCGUCGCCUACGAGGAAAAACUGCCGAAGCGCUACGUUUGUCCAAACUUGCCGGAACGCUUUUCUUCAGUGCGUUCAGUGCCGCCAUGCUACCGGCCCUCGAAUAUCUGCAAAUUAACCGCUUCUGGUUCGCCAGCAUCUACCGGAAACAAAGCGAUGACACCCGGAACGCAAGUCAGCGGAACUGUUGUUCACAUCAUCCAAAUCGAUCUUGCGUGCAGCACGUUACCACCCAAGUGAAGAAGUCCUUCUACUUUGGACUGGCCAUAUGUUUGAUUAAGAAUGCACUGCCUCGGAUAGCCAUGGCGUUCCGAAAUCCACUGCAAUUCAUCCGGACAAUCGCGUCUCGCUUCGAUUAUGGCCUGAUAGGGUUCUUCGCCGCCUAUAAAGCACUGUACGAGUUCUUCAACUGCUAUUUAAUUCAGAAUAGCAAACUUAGUCCGGUGGUUCGUGCUACCAUCACUGGAUUCAUCAGCGGAACCGCAUACUGCCUGUAUCCGAACUAUCUUCUGUUUACUUACCCCAUAUCGGAACUGGUUGAAGUUUACUGGCUGGUGUACAUGAAAUCAAGCCUUCCCAAACCCAGGAUUGUUCAAGCGAUCGACCGGUUUCCCACGACUUUACUUAUGUACAUGUUCAGUUUGGGCAUGAUGUAUCAUCUACGUGUAGUGUACCCAUAUCAUACUAACCAUUAUUGCCACAAGCUGAUGGCUAUCGGUACUACCGGACGCUCAGAAACUCUAGCACGUGGCUACGCUGAAAUCAUGAUGGGUUACAGGGACUAGGGAUGUUUGAUGUAAAGGCUACUUGUUUAUUGUUCUAAUAAAUCAAAUGUUAAAUCUUGCGGCAGCAUCUAAUCGAA